AUGCCCGCCCCCUCCACCACCCUCCUCAUCGAGGGUUCCUUCACCGAGCUCGCCGACGAGUUCGCCCAGUACAUCGACGCCCUGCGCAAGUCUGAGGCCUCCAGCAGCCUCCAGUCCGAGAUCUCCCCGCUUCUGCAGCCCCUUCGUGAGCAGGAACAGUCCGAAGCAGAGCCCGACCGCAAGCAGCGCGAUGAGGUCCUCAAGAAGUUGGUCUCCGCGGCCGUUGUCCUGAACAGCGCCCCCGAGAAGGAGAUCAUCUCCGCCUACAACCUUCUUGUCCACCUUGUUCACCAGGCCUCCGACCCGGAUAUGUUCCUGUCCCGCAUCUGUACCUACCUCGCCAAACCCAUCUCUUCCUCCCCUCAGUUCGGCCCCUCCUUGGCCAUCUCCAUCCUGUCCACCAUCUUCAACACUCUUGCUCCUUCCGACUCCAGCCGCUACCACGUUCUCCUGGCUACCGUCGCCGUCAUCCGUCAGUCCAGCUCGUCUAUUGCCUUUGACGCCCUCAAGUCCCAGCUGGUCGCUCAGCUGCCCAGCUGGCUCGCCGCCUGGGAGCUGGACGCCGACGAGGCCCAGCGCCUGCACCUCGCCAUUGCCGAUGCCGCCCAGGCCUCUGGUGACCCCGAGUUGGCUCAGACCCAUGUCGUCCAGGCCCUGCAGACCAUCCCUGCCGCCAACGCCAGCGCCCCCGAGGCCCGCGAUCUCGCUGUCCGCGCCCUGACCUCCGCUCUCACCCACCCGGCUGUCUUCGACUUCACCCCCCUGACUGCCUCCGACGCCGUCCAGGCCCUCCGGUCCAGCGACAGCACCCUCUUUGAGCUGCUCGAGAUCUUCACCGCCGACACCCUCGACGCCUACGAGGCCUUUAUCUCCGCUACUCCCCUGGCCAGCAUCUCCGGCGGCGUUCUGGCUGAGUCCGGCGAGGCCCUGCAGAACAAGAUGCGCCUGCUCACUCUGGCCUCCCUGGCUGCUUCCACCCCGUCCCGCUCCCUCCCCUACGCCACGAUCGCUACGGCUCUCCGCGUGGAGCCCACCGACGUCGAGAAGUGGGUUAUUGACACCAUCCGUGCUGGCCUCGUCGAGGGUAAGCUGUCUCAGCUGCGCUCCGAGUUCCUGGUCCACCGGGCCACCUACCGUGUCUUUGGCGAGAAGCAGUGGGCCGAGGUGCAGGGUCGCCUGAUGGUCUGGCGCCGCAGCCUGGAAAACGUGCUGGGUGUUGUUCGCAGCGAGCGGGAGCGGUUUGUUCGCGAGGGGCUGCAGGCGGCCCAGGCUGCCGAGGAGGCUGCCCAGGGCAAGGGUAACGACAAGAAGGGUGGUGACCGUCGCCGUCACAACAACAACAACAACCAGCAGCAACAGCAACAGCAGCAGCAGCAGCAAGCACCUGCGGCACCCGCCGCUGCCCCGGAGGCCGUUGCCGUGGAGUAA